UUUAUAAGGUCUUCCCGGGCGCCCGGCGACAUCGCUGUCUCUGUGGCGCAAUCGGUUAGCGCGUUCGGCUGUUAACCGAAAGACUCGCGGCCCCCACGCGCGCACUCCGAUGACCUUUCCGUCUCCGGUGAUCUGGGGCUGCACGGCGCAGGCACGACCACGGAGGCCAAAAGCGCAGCGGAACCUCCCGGCUCCGGGUUUCAGUUUCCGCACGCGCUCCGAGACUCUUUGGGCGACGGCCCCAGGGACCCGGAGCGCUAAGGAGGACGGACCUCAGAGGUUGUCUGAAGGCCGAGGCCAAGAUGGCGGCGCUGUCAGCUCCUGGCCUGGGCGGCUUCCGGAUCCUUGGUCUGCGCUCCAGCGUGGGCGCGGCUGUGCAGGCACGAGGUGUCCAUCAGAGCGUGGCCACCGAUGGCCCAAGCAGUGCCCAGCCUGCCCUGCCGAAGGCUGGAGCCAUGGUUCCCAAGUCCAGCAGCCGGGGCGAGUAUGUGGUGGCCAAGCUGGAUGACCUCGUCAACUGGGCCCGCCGGAGUUCUCUGUGGCCCAUGACCUUCGGUCUGGCCUGCUGCGCCGUGGAGAUGAUGCACAUGGCCGCACCGCGCUACGACAUGGACCGUUUUGGCGUGGUCUUCCGCGCCAGCCCGCGCCAGUCCGACGUCAUGAUCGUGGCCGGCACACUCACCAACAAGAUGGCCCCAGCGCUCCGCAAGGUCUACGACCAGAUGCCGGAGCCGCGCUACGUGGUCUCCAUGGGGAGCUGCGCCAACGGAGGAGGCUACUACCACUACUCCUACUCGGUCGUGAGGGGCUGCGACCGCAUCGUGCCCGUGGACAUCUACGUCCCAGGCUGCCCACCCACGGCCGAGGCCCUGCUCUACGGUAUCCUGCAGCUGCAGAGGAAGAUCAAGCGGGAGCGGAGGGUGCAGAUCUGGUACCGCAGGUAGUGCCGCCACUGCCACCGGAGCCUGUCGCCGUCCUGUCCCCAGCCUGCUUUUGUCCCGUAAGGUUGUCAAUAAAUUUGCCCUCAGGCCGCUGCC